AUGAACUCAUACACGAGGAUCUGCUCUGCUCCAUGCGCCGCGUGGCCGAGCCGUCUUUUGAGGCGCCUCAACCUCCAUAUGCCCCAUGCCCCACACCACAGCCACGACACAAGCCACACACCCCAAGUGCACGCACGCACCUUUCCCGAUCCAGUGGUCAAGGUCGCUCAAGCUCAGGCGCCCUCCUCCUCCUCCUCCUCCUCCUCCUCCUCCUCCUCCACCUCCUCCUCCUCCUCCUCCUCCUCCUCCUCCUCCUCCUCCUCCUCCUCCUCCUCCUCCUCCUCCUCCUCCUCCUCCUCCUCCUCCUCCUCCUUCUUCUUCUUCUUCUACUUCUGCCGGCGCCACCACCGGCAGAACCAAAAGGAGGAGAAGAAGAAGAAGAAGAAGAAGAAGGAGGAGGAGGAGGAGGAGGAGGAGGAGGAGGAGGAGGAGGAGGAGGAGGAGGAGGAGGAGGAGGAGGAGGAGGAGGAGGAGGAGGAGGAGGAGGAGGAGGAGGAGGAGGAGGAGGAGGAGGAGGAGGAGGAGGAGGAGGAGGAGGAGGAGGAGGAGGAGGAGGAGGAGGAGGAGGAGGAGGAGGAGGAGGAGGAGGAGGAGGAGGAGGGAGGAGGAGGAGGAGGAGGAGGAGGAGGAGGAGGAGGAGGAGGAGGAGGAGGAGGAGGAGGAGGAGGAGGAGGAGGAGGAGGAGGAGGAGGAGGAGGAGGAGGAGGAGGAGGAGGAGGAAGAAGAAGAAGAAGAAGAAGAAGAAGAAGAAGAAGAAGAAGAAGAAGAAGAAGAAGAAGAGAAGAGCCAGCAGAAGCAGCGAUGCGAUGA